AUGUUAUUUUCGCUGGACGGGCUGUUGGUGAAGGGCGAGGAGGAGACGCAGUUAAGUGCAGCGGAGGGACAACAACUCGUCGCUCUCUACCGUCUUUUUCACCGCCUGCAACAUUCUUCGCAGCCCGUGCGGGACGGUGGCAUCAGUCGCGGGGCGGCGGUGCAGCGUGUGCCAUUUCCUGCCUUUCUGCGCCCCGUCCGCUCACGCAUGGGGGCGACGGCGGGAUCUUUAGCAGGUGUCAGGGCCCAUAUGGACGUCAACGUCCCGGACAGGAACGAGGAGGCACGCGGCGACGAGCGGGAGGAGGGGCCCGGCAAUGGCACAAGCAACGCGGAUGACAACGACACGGAGUCUGUUGCGGUUCUCUGCGGCAACACGAAUAGGGCGGCUAAUGGCAUGGAGGAGGCACAUGUGCGGGCAUCACUCUCCUCCGGCAGCGGCGCAAACUUGUCCAGUGGGCAUGGCAGCGGUGGUGCGGGGGCAGCCGUACUUCAAAUCUGCACAUCGCAGCGGGAAUUAUUUUGCGUCCAGCGAGUUUCCCCGGAAACGAAUGACGCAAUUUUCUUCUGCGGCGCAGCGGUGGUGCAGCCACCGGCGUCGUGA